GGUACGGCAAGCGGCGGGGCUCAGAGCACGUUCACACCAUCUCCGGCGGCGCACGGCGGUAACGGAGCUGCGGGCCCCGCGAUGCAGGUGAAGCUGUGCGGGGCGGUCGGCGGGCGGCUGGGGACGCUGGUGGGGCUGGGCAGGAGCGGGGCCGUCGUGCUGCCGCUGCCGGGAUGCCUGCUCUACACGCGGACCGGGUCAGCGCCACACCUCACCCACGACACGCUGCAGACGGUCGGCGGCGUCCCCGCCGUGGCGCAGCUCACCCUGCCCACGCUGGCAGACAUUCAUGAGGUCCUGGAAGAAUACAAAGAAGGAGCUGCAAAAUUUAUAGGUAUGCCAGAGAAGGUGCUGUACUGCUCCCUUCAUGAUCCCGUCACUCCCUGUCCAUCUGGCUACAACACUAACAAGACAGUGUCCCUGUGGGGAAGCUCAGGGCGCAUGGAAAUCACAGCUUCCAAGUUCAUGGAUAUGCAGCGGGCUAUCCAGCCAGAUUGGUUCCAGUGCAUCUCUGAUGGAGACACCAUUGCUGGAGAAGCUGGUAGAAAAAGGGCCAAGAAGUCUGUGGAUAGGUCGCUUUCCUUCCUGGAUGCAUGCCUUCAGAUGCUAGAAAAAUCACCGGAACUACAAAGAAGUGUAAUGUUCGGGGCAAUUGAAGGUGGAGAUGUCUUGGAAGAGAGGCUCAGAUCAGCUAGGGAGACUGCCAAGCGACCUGUGGGUGGCUUUCUGCUAGAUGGCUUCCAGGGAUGUGCCAUGGCCAAGGAGACCAAGUUGAAACUCAUAGCUUCUGUCACAGCAGAGUUGCCAGAGGAUAAACCAAGACUCAUCCAUGGUGUAGGCAAACCAGAUGAGGUGCUUGAGUGCAUUGAAAGGGGCGUGGACAUUUUUGAGAGCUUCUUUCCCUUCCAAGUGACAGAGCGAGGCUGUGCCUUGGUUUUCAGUUAUGACUGCCAUCCAGAUCCUGAAGCAACAGUUUUCAUGCAAAAUGGUGCCCAGGACCUGGAGAAGAAUGGUGCUGAAGAAGACCAAGGUGAAAUCUCCAAAGCUGACCCAGAAAUGACACCAUUUGAAAUAUGUCUAAAGGACAAAAGAUACCAAGAUGAUUUUGGUCCUGUGCUGGAAGGAUGCACGUGUUACUGUUGUCAAAGGCAUACUCGCGCCUAUGUCCAUCACCUCCUCGUGACCAAUGAGCUGUUGGCUGGUGUUCUGCUCAUGAUGCACAAUUUCCAGCACUACUUCAGUUUCUUCAGUGCCAUACGGGAUGCUUUAAAAGACAAUAAACUGCAUCAGCUGAAAGAGUUUGUCUUCAGGCAGGCGCUUCAAAGCCCAGCAAAUGCGAAGCCAGGCCAGUGACUUCAGAGAGCAUAGCGGAGGAUGCAGGCUACAUCCUUAUCUAGUGAGACUGUGCUAAGGUGGACUGCCAGCAGGGUCACCUGGAUCUAUUAGUAGUUAAAUGCCUGCUUUUCUGGAGGGAACCGAAGGAGACGUUUGAAGAAGAUCUCUCUUCUGUGGAGAAGGAAGGUCUUACUCAAACAUCCCUUUCAGUUAAUUGGCUUAAGUGUAUUAUUGGGGUACAGAAAAGACUGAAUAGCUCACAAGACCAGGAUGGAUAGCUUUGUUUUCAGUUACUCACUGUUGGCUUUCAUGUGGAAGGACAGAAUUAUUGAACUUGUGACUGAAGAAGCAGCAGGCUGAGAAAUUGGGGCUGUUCAGG